AUGCAGGGAGCCAAUUACUCAGAAGUUACUGAAUUUAUCCUCAUUGGCUUCUCCACCUUCCCCCACCUUCAGAUGAUGUUCUUCCUGCUGUUCCUGCUGAUGUACCUGUUCACGCUGCUGGGUAACCUGCUUAUCAUGGUCACCAUCUGGAGCGAACACAGCCUGCACACACCUAUGUACCUCUUCCUGUGUGCCCUCUCCAUCUCUGAGAUCCUCUACACUUUUGCCAUCAUCCCACGCAUGCUGGCUGACCUGCUCUCCAUACAUCACUCCAUUACUUUCUUGGCCUGUGCAAACCAGAUGUUCUUCUCCUUCACAUUCGGCUUCACUCACUCAUUUCUACUCACUAUCAUGGGCUAUGACCGCUACGUGGCCAUCUGCCAUCCCCUGCGCUACAACAUGCUCAUGAGCCCCCGUGGCUGUGCCUGCCUGGUAGCCUGGUCCUGGGCUGGUGGCUCAAUCAUGGGAAUGGUAGUGACAACAGCCAUUUUCCACCUUACCUUCUGUGGACCUAAUGAGAUCCACCAUUUUGCUUGCCAUGUGCCACCUCUCUUGAAGUUGGCCUGUGGAAAUGGUGUACCAGUAGUAUCUAAGAGUGUGGGUCUAGUGUGUAUUAUGGCCCUGCUUGGCUGCUUUCUCCUUAUACUACUCUCCUAUAUCUUCAUUGUAGCCACCAUCUUGAAUAUCCCAUCAGUUGAGGGUCGACACAAAGCCUUCUCCACCUGUGCAUCCCACCUCACUGUGGUGGUUGUACACUAUGGCUUUGCAUCUGUCAUCUACCUCAAGCCCAAGGGUCCUCAGUCUCUGGAGGGUGACACCUUGAUGGGCAUCACCUAUACAGUCCUCACUCCAUUCCUCAGCCCCAUCAUCUUCAGUCUUAGGAACAAGGAGCUGAAAAAUGCAAUGAAAAAGACUUUCCUCAGCAAACUCUACCCAGAAAAAAUGUAA